UGUUUUUGUUAUAUUCCUGUACUCUAUGAUUAAUUUACGUCACAGGAUUCAAUAUGUAUACGAAAAUCCUGGAUGCGUAUACCGAAAUUUUACGAGGUGGUUUUGUAAACGUUACACUUUAUAAUUAGAUUUGUCGAAAAGAGUCGACCGCUAAGAAUUAAUGUACAUAAUAUGAACCGUUUGGAUGAUCCUCCGGGUCUCAUGAAAGGCAGAAAACCAUCUUUCAUUGGAAUGAACGGGGGCCCAGAAACAGAUGAUCAGCAGCGCUUAAGAUUUCAGGUUGAGUUAGAAUUUGUCCAGUGUCUUGCUAAUCCAAACUAUUUAAACUUUCUAGCACAGCGUGGAUAUUUCAAGGAUUCAACAUUCAUUAACUAUCUUAAAUAUUUAUUAUAUUGGAAAGAACCAGAAUAUGCAAAGUAUUUAAAAUAUCCUAUGUGCUUGUACUUCUUAGACUUAUUACAAUAUGAACACUUUAGAAGAGAAGUAGUGAAUUCUCAGUGUACGAAAUUUAUAGAUGAUCAACAGAUUUUAUUAUGGCAACAUUAUACCAGACGUAGAACAAGACUGUUACAGACAGCUGCAGAGCAAACGCAACAUACAAAUCCUCAGAACAAUGAAUCUGAUUUUGGACGAGUGAUGCUGAAACCUGAAUAGCUGUUCAUAAAUGUUUAUGACUGUUUGUGCUUCAAGUCAGUGGAAAAAGUGGAAAAUUAUUGAAGAUAUUAAUAGAUGCUGUGGAUUUCACCAAUUUUAGUAAGUCAUUUUGUUUCAUUUUAAACAAUUUGUAUUAAUAUAGUUAUUGCAGUACUGUUGAAUUCUUUUUUUUUACUUUAUAUU